AUGAGCUCAUACUUGCUGAGCGGCACAUCGGAGUGCCGAGCCGACGAAUGCUCCGUCGCUCCCGACGCUCCCGCCGGUCAGUACGGACAGCUGCCGUACGGGGGCUACUACGGUGCCGAGAGCGGCGACUUUGCGUACACACAGCGCGAGAGACUGUACCCGGUCGACAGCUACUACUACAACUACCAGAACUACUACGGCAACCGCGCCGCCAUGCACCCGAGCAUGUACAACCAGCUCGGAGAGUACGCGGAACCGUCGGCAGGGGCGCUGCCGGCGCCCGACGCCGUCAUGGCCGGCGCCGUCGCGCACGGCUCGCCGAUGACCGGCGCGAAUCCGUCGUCGCCGACGAUAGCGUCUGCCGUCGCCGCGCCGCCGCCUCGCUCGAUGAGAAUUCACGGAGAGCAGGAGGAGGAGGAGGACCCCAUCACCGCCAAGCAUCAUCAACAUCAGCAGCAGCAGCAGCAUCCGCAGCAGCAGCAGCAGCAGCAGGAGAACGGAGGAGGCGGCGGAGGUCAGCAGCCGGUCAUCUACUCGUGGAUGACGAAGCUGCACACGGCCGUAAACAAUGGUGACGACGGCCCUCACAAGCGCAUCCGCACUGCCUACACGCGCCAGCAGCUUCUCGAACUCGAGAAAGAAUUCCACUUCAAUCGCUACCUGACGCGGAAGCGACGCAUCGAGAUCGCGAAGACGCUGACGCUCUCCGAGAGACAGGUCAAGAUCUGGUUCCAAAAUCGCCGCAUGAAAUGGAAGAAGGACAACAAUCUGCCGAACACGAAGGGAAAGAGCACGCCGCAGAAGCGUCGGUCGGCGAGUCCCGCAAACCAGACGCAAAACUCGGACGAUUCGAUGCAAAAUGCGAUGAAGUACUCGCCGUGCGGUGUCGCUGGGACGCCAGGCGCGCUCCCGGCAUUUCUCACCUGACGCGUUCAGCGACAUCUAUCGGCGAGGAAGGAAACCAGGAAGAGUGACAGUGCGUGAGGUGUGAUCGUAGACGGCUUACUCUUCCGUUUUUUGACCGGAUGACGUCAUGAGGAAGACUCGCCCGCGAUCUCCGCCGUGCAAGUACCACUCGCUCCGACAGAACCGCGUCGAUUCCGCGCCCGCCUUGCUCUGCGAUAAACAAACAUUUGCGAAUGAUAUAUCACCAUUCGACUCGACCGGCGCGCGCGCGGCCGGACAGAUAUAUGGGUAACCGGGCCUUUGUUUUUUUCUCAUUUUUUGUACUUUACGACCCGCGUCUUCGCUACACAGGGGUCAUGUCCGCCGGUAUGCGACGUACCCUCGCCGCCGCCGCUAGCUGACCUUAUAUAUAUAUAUAUAUAUAUAUAAGGUUAUGCUGCUCUGUAGAAGACGCUGGCAUUUAUGCACUAUAUAAUAUAUAGUGCAUAUUACAGUGUCUUCUACAGGGCGGCAUGACCUACAGUAGACCAUAGUUAUUCACUACUUGCGCUCGUGGCAAUCUCUUAACGAUGCGAGUCCGACUACAGUCAUUAACUAAUUGCAUUUCCCCUUCACGUACAAGUUUUGCGAAGAGCUCCGAGGUCGCUUUACAUAUACUAUAUGAGUACAUAAUUGUUACAACCCGCGAGGUAAGCGAGCCAUCUAUAGAUAAUAUAUAUAUAUAUAUAUAUAUAGAUAAUAUAUAUAUAUAUAUAUAUAUAU